AGUUAAGCUCAAUCAAAAGGAUUUGUGGCAUAAUGUUGAAUACCACAAAAAAUUAUUUCGACUCAUCCUUUUCUUUAAAGAAGGUAAAAAUCAAAGUAACAGUGAGGCACUUACACUGGAAGUGAAUGGGGCCAAUUUUUGGAGGAAAGCUUUUAAUUAAAUAAAAGCACAAAUUAAUUCUUCUGUUAAAACUCGUAUUAUUUGAGCUGUAAAGUUGUUUAAAUCGUCAUGUUUACAGUCAUUUUAGGGUUUGUUGACAUUACAUCGUCUUGGCAACGAAGUUGUAAAAUUGGCUAUAACUUUACACAGAAAGGUUAGGAAGCGAUUUUAUCACACUAAAAUCAUGUUAACAUGCAUAUUGUUUACGUAUACUUUUAAAACAGUAAGUAUUUUAAUAUUUAAGGAUUGGCCCCAUUCGCUUCCAUUAUAAGUACCUCAAACCCAGAUUUUUGCUUUAAAAAAAAAAAAGGAGGGGCAAGACAAAAAUGAUUUUUGUGGAAAUCAGUAUUAUGCCACAGAUGCUGUCGAUUGAGCUUAACUUGUAUUGAACCUGGAACAUUCCUUUAAAAAUCUUCUUUCUGUAAAAUAUUUUGCUAUAUUUUGUUUUUGUGCUAUAUUUCUAUAUAAAUAAAUGCCACUUGGUUUUAAUGCAAUUCAUAUAGUAUGUCUUGUUCAGCUUCCAUUAGAUGAUGUAUAAAAUAUCUUUUUGACAAGAUUUGGUCAAUUCCCGUGUCUUUCACCAUGUUCCCUCCUUUUUCUCACUUAUUCCCUUGUUGUUGUCAUUGUACACAAGAGAAGACAGAACACUAGACUUCUGUUCCUAUUUCUACAGAAAACGCAAAGAUUGUUCUCAGCCUGCCAAAACGAUGUGGAUUCUCUGUUCCUCUGAGAAAUCCUUCACUUUAUCCACAAAAGUGGAAAAAACGCUCUCCCUCUCGACCAAACUGUUGAGUAACACAGUGUCCAACUUCCCAACCACCCAUUUAUUUGCUGUGCUGAAAGCGAGAUCUUUCAACUCCUAAAGCCAGCUGAAAUGUCAGACUGAAAACUUGCUGUAAAACAGAGACAGUGACGCCUCACAAAAUCACGACUGAGAUCUUUCUCACACCCUAUUUCUCACACAAUGCUUGAAUGGGAGCUUAGAGGGGGAGAAUGAAAAGAGAAAGGGAGAAAAGGAGAGGGCAAUUCUUUCAGUUCUUCAGAUGCAACAAUAGUCUUUGUCUACAAUGUCCCUCCAUUCUCAUUGGGGUUACAGAAGGGGACGGGGCAGAGGGGCCGGUUUUCCAUGGUAACUGACAAAACAAGCUGGUCCCAGAGCAAGGAGGGAGACAAGAGAGAGACACAAAAACAUGCUUUAAGUCCAGGAUAAAAUCUCUGUAUCAGUCUCUGCAAUUUACUUGGAAGAAACAGACAGUGUGCAAAAGGAGGAGGAAGGACUUUUGUGAAAGGAUGGACGCUUGACUUGGGUAGAUGAAAAAUACUGGACAUUUGUGAGUACUACAAAAGCGCCCAGUCCUUCCAGAGGGGCUUUUGGACCGGGACGUACCCCUCUUCAUUUUCAUUCAAGGUUAUUGCUUUUCUGGCUGUCAUAAUGAACUCUGACACUCAGUAUGAGGACUCAGUGUCUGUCAUGGUCUUGGAGAACAUCAAGAACAAACUGCUUCAUGCCUUCAGAACAUCAGGAGAGCCAAGAACUUCUGCUGAGACAGCCACUUAUCUGGUAAAUGUUGAUAAGAGUUUACAAGUGAACGAAGAGCUACGAAGAGCCAAAAUAGAUGGAGCCAUAACAUGGUUAAGAUCAGAACUGCUGGAGAUGCGGUCUCAGGAUCGACAGCUGGCUCAGACUCUACUUGGACUCAACAAGGAGAUUCAGAGGCUCAGACGGGAGAACGGAUCCCUGCUCCUGGAGCCUGACAGCAGUGAGCAUCUGGAGACAUGAACCAGGCAUCAGUCAGAGACAAAUAUACUAUUGAAGGGAUAGUUCAUCCAAAAAUGAAAAUUCUCAUCAUUUACUCUCCCUCAUGUCAUCCCAGAUGUGAAUGACAUUCA